CGGUUUGAUAUGGCUAACUUUGUAAACAGGCAGGAUGCUGGAUGACAAUGUAAGCUAACGUCAGCUAACGCUUCUUCUCACGAUAAGGAACUAGCUAAUCAUAGUUAUCUUGACCUAAUCCCUGCUCUUGUUUACUGCUCUCACUGGGCUAACAGACCAUGGUGCUAACUGGCUUAGCAGUUUACCUAAACCGCAUAAAUGUAACGUUAUGUGGUUUAUAAAAGUAACGUUAGCUAGGUAGUGUUACGGUCCGGCAAGUUUGAGUCCAGCUUGUUAACAGUAGCUGAGGAGGGCAUUUGGACGGUUGAGAAUGAGACGCCUGCUGAGCUUGGUCGUUGAUGCCCGUAAAGUAAUCCGGACCAUGUGGUACGCUGUCUCCCCGCACAAGCUAAAAACUACAUAUGUCCUGCUGUGCACCUCCUCUUUCCAGGGGGACAGCAUUUGCAACGGGACGCAGAGCAGCAAAAAGGCGUUGCUGUCAGAUCCUCGGCUGUUUGACGCCCAGUUUGACGAGCUGGUGAUGGAGCUCUCAGAGCGGGACCUUACCGAUCCAGCGUUGGCUGAUGCUCUGAACAGGUUAAAAGAGGUGUUGGUGUACAAUUCACCUGGAGGUAAGAGGAACCGAGGUCUGUCUGUGAUUGGCUCACUGAGGGAGCUUCUGCCACCCACUCAGCUCACACAGGACACCGUGCGGCGGGCUCUGGUGGUUGGAUGGUGCAUUGAGUUGCUUCAGGCCUUUUUCCUCGUGGCAGAUGAUAUCAUGGAUGCAUCUGUGACUCGGAGAGGACAGCCCUGCUGGUACAAGAAGGAUGGGAUAGGUCUCGAUGCCAUCAAUGACUCAUUUCUCCUAGAGGGCUCCAUCUACAGGCUGCUUCGCAGACACUGCAGGGAUCAACCGUACUACGUCCACCUACUGGAGCUAUUUACUGAGACAACUUUCCAGACUGAGCUGGGCCAAGCUCUGGACCUCAUGACGGCUCCUCCCGGUCAGAUUGACCUGAACAGAUUCACCAUGGAGAGGUAUAAAGCUAUUGUAAAAUACAAGACUGCCUUUUACUCUUUCUACCUCCCGGUGGCAGCUGCAAUGUACAUUGCAGGAAUUGAGAGUGAAGAGGAACACAAUAAUGCCAAACAUAUCUUACUUGAGAUGGGAGAGUUCUUUCAAAUACAGGAUGACUACUUAGACUGUUACGGAGACCCUGCUGUCACAGGAAAGAUCGGUACAGACAUCCAGGAUAACAAAUGCAGCUGGCUGGUGGUGAAGGCCCUGCAAAACAUGACUGCUGAGCAGAGAACAGAACUGGAGGCAUGUUAUGGGCGCCAUGAUGAUGCCUGUGUGGAAAAGGUCAAAGAGCUUUACAGCACCCUGCAAAUGCCAACACUGUACCACAGGUAUGAGGAAGAGAGCUACCAGCGGCUACAGAAACUCAUCGCUUGUCACGCUCAGAACCUUCCUCACUCGGUCUUCCUCAACUUUGCUAAGAAAAUCUACAAGAGGAACAAGUGAGAGGAAACGGUGGUCAUAAACAGCGUCAGGUGCAUCAGACUGGAUCCCGUUUGGCUUUCCUCAUGAUGCACAGCUCAGCUCCUCUCCCUGUAAGAUGGGUUUGCCGAGUACAAGGCUCUGACUCCAAACAGGCAUGACCUCAACAGCAUUUGGAAAUCCUGCUGGUAGUUUCUUAACAUUGCAAUGAGUUGUAGAUAUUUGGUUGUGAAUGUCGUCAAGCACCUCUUUUCCUCCACACUACCUGUUUAUUGAAACCAGUGCGUAGUGUAAAUCAUCUCCAGCGGUUUCUCCACUGAAGAAUCCCGUGGAUGUAAGAGACACUGAAAUGAGUCGCACGUGGAUCUGGUCUAGCUUUCAUAUUGGUUUGCCCUGAGGAGUGCACGGCAGCAUAAAGACACAGAUAGUUAAUUUAUAGGAAUAGAUGUAUUAGUUGAUGGGGAUCGAACAUGUAUGACAGUAGAUGUACAGAGGACAGAGGGUCCAGCUUAAUUAACUUUGUAAUUCAAAUAUUUUUAUAUUGCUGCUGUAAAGUCUGCACUGGUCUGAAUGUAAUUACUUUUAAUAAAUAAUGUAUGAAUUUCA